UCCCAAGGUUGUGUCGUGGGGCAGAAACAUUGGAGCUCGAAGCAUGCCAGAGGGGUCUUGGCCCGUCACACCUUGAAGCUGCUUCCGCGUCGUCACCGUCGAGGCACAGCACCAACAGAAACCACGAAUCCGCGCCUUCAGCCAGUCAUAGCGCCCACUGCCACGCGUGCACUCAUUGUACGAUACACCUAGAGGCACGACGACCUCCCGUCCGGUGUUGCUCAUCACUUUGAAUCGAUUACACAACGCCACCUCGACAGCAGCAGCGCUGUUCUCCAGCUAACGACAAUCGAGUUCCGAGCCGGCCGGUACGGUCCUGCCACAUUGCCGAUCCACGGAGCCGCAUUGCGAUGCGGGAACCCAACCGCCCAUCACCGACGGCCCAACCCUGAUACGAAACCACCUUCUUCAUUUGCAUGACCUUGCUGGUCUUGCUGGCUGGCCCCGCGCAAAGUCGAACCGCGCCAGCCAGCUGGUCUCGUCAUGCCUGAGCUUCUCGACACCUCCGCUGCUGGUCCCGCUCUCGAGUCCCCCUCCCUAGCCGACCACGACCAAUUGCGCAUUCUUUCCCGAUCGCCUCACCCAUACCACCGAUAUAACUCGGAGCUCCUCGAACCUGCUCAGGCCUUUCCGGCGUCGAAAUCUCGGUCAGGGACCCUUCGGCCUCGCACAGGGUACCCCUACGAGUCGCACGAUGCCUCCCUUAGCAGCGCUAGCGGCACUGAGGCCGACGACGAGCACUUUCUCAAGGGACUGCCAGCGCCUAAGCGACACCACAAAGGUGUGAGGGGGCUGAACGAAGUCAGCUCUGGGACGAGUUCUCCUGCCCCAUCGCCUGCGAUUGUCAAAGAUGACGUCCAAAAGUUUGUGUUCAGCUCCAGGCGAGGCACCCCCAAGGGCCAUGCUCAGCAAGCCGCAACCGUGGACACACGGAGGAGGAAGGAGGUUGCAAGACGCUUCCUCGAAAUCGUAAUUCUAGGCGGUCUCUGUCUGGCUGUCCAGAGCAACACUCAAGUACGGCGAGUCCUACGGAGUUGGAAAUACGAGCUUUACGCCGGCCUGGGAAUAUACACCUUGCUAGUGCUUCUAUAUCCGUUUCGGCUCAUGGCUUGGGCCUAUAUACGACGAAAACCAACCACGGCAUUUCCCAUAGCCGUUCCCGCAUCCUUCGACCCAGCACCGGCACUGUAUCCACCCUUAAUCACCUUAAUCGUGUCUUGGAUCGUGGCAGUCGACAACGCCGCUCUAAUACCACUAAAUAUUGUUCUCGCUAUCGCGUCCCUACCUGCGGCACUGGUGCCGUCCACCAGCUCAAAUUCCACCCCGAACCCUAUACACUGGAUUAUAUCAUGCAUUCCUAUAGCCAUUGCGGCACAGCGAGAAGACGUCAAGCUUGGGCACUUGUGCCUGGCAGAGGUCGAUAGCAUGCGCCCGUGUCUAUCGGUCGAAAACGCUACUCUCUUAUAUCCACUUCACCACAGCCUUUGCCUGGUGUUGAAUGCUCUCACCACCACGAGCCUACUCACUGCCGAGCUUCAGUUGCUUUCGGUGGCACUGAUCAAUCUACAACUGAUGGCUGCAUCUCCUCAGAUGCUCAUCAUGAAAGCGAUGCUCUGGGUUGGGGGCGUGGAUCUUCUUCUUGCUUGCAGCCAUGUUGUCCAGUGGGGAGUCGCGCUUGCUCGCGUGCCGAAAUGGAGGUUCAAGCGAGUCUCGAACACGACAAAGCGCAAGCCAUCUUUCUUCUCGGCCGUCGUCCCAUGGCGCAAAGUCAGGCAUGAACUCUUCCAUACAUCAUUGGACAGCUCGUCCUGUAGUUCGUGUGAGGCUGCUUACGAUGAGCACGACGGAAGUGAUGGCGCGGGUGUAUUGCCAUCACGUGGUUUGAGUCGCGUCACCACAGUCCAAAUGGACCGUUCACAUACUUUGACCAAAACUUACGAAGAGUUCCUGCCUGAACGUGUUUCCGACGAUGGCAGAUCGGCUAAGGAACAGGUGUCCUUCGCGCCUCUGAGGCGCCAUACGAUGCCUAGCAGACCUCAUGUCCCGCCUAAAUCACAUACACACACGCCAUCCGGGCGUCGGAAGCGCUCUACCUCAAGCUCUGUGAGGGCCUUCUUCUCGCUCACUCAGGAGCAGGCAAGUGCUAGAAAGUGGAUCUAUGCUAUGUAUCUCUACAUCUGCAUCAUCUUCGCCAUAUUUGUUCCAGCUCCAUUUGUGGGCGCCAUGGAAGUCGUUAGGCAAGAGGCGCUCGAUGGACACGAAGCGAUAGGCUGGGCGCUUGGCUACAUGUUUGGCGAGGUCCCUUGGUUCAGGUGGCAAGUCGUCAGUAACAACUUGCAGAGAUGGAUAUGUCUACCACCACGAACCCACCAAGAUGAGACAACGAUUAGCACCUCGACUGGGUGGGCAGAGCAUAUACGCUAUGACUACCUUGGAGAAGCUACGACUAGGCUCGCACUCAGUGGAUACUGUGCGGUUGUUAUCGCCGUGGGUCUCUGCGUUGUGUUCACCCUGUCGCCGUUCUACGAAGUCGACACGCGGCGGAAAGUAUUCCACUUCAUGAUGGUGGCCAUGUUCUUGCCUUCGAUAUAUAUCGACCCAGCCUUUGUGGCCAUGGCAUUGACCGUCAUACUCGGUCUUUUCCUUCUUCUCGACCUGCUUCGAGCCAGCCAGCUCCCACCUUUAUCCAAGCCGCUGGCCUCCUUCCUAGCUCCUUACGUGGACGGCCGAGACCUGCGUGGGCCCGUUGUGAUCUCUCACAUCUUUCUACUCAUAGGCUGCGCGAUUCCACUGUGGUUAUCGCUGGGCUCAUUGCCUCGGACCGGGUCCGCAUACUGGGCAGGCUGGGAAGUGCCCACACGCGAAGUGAGCAUGGUAGCAGGCGUUGUCUGCGUUGGCCUGGGCGACGCGGCCGCAUCCCUUAUUGGCCGCCGUUAUGGACAUCGCAAAUGGUUCUGGGGCGGAGGCAAGAGCAUCGAGGGUAGCGUGGCAUUUGCCGCAGCCGUAUUCGCCGGCUUGACUGCUGCGUACGCGUGGCUGCGCAUCGGCGGAUGGGCCACCGCAGCUCACCAUGAACAUAUCGUGACAUCGGUUUCCGAAGUCCCGGCAGUACUUGCCAAGAUUGGCAUAUGUGCAGCCACUGCCAGCUUGACGGAGGCCGUGCUCACUGGAGGCAACGACAAUGUUAUUGUCCCAGUAGUUCUGUGGAUCUGCGUCAAGAGUGCUGGAAUCUAACAGCCGCGCCUGCGAGGGUGGGGUUUUGCUUUCCCUCCCUGACCAGGGACACUACUUAGUCCACUUGGUCCCAGAGAGUCGAAGAUUCCCUCACUUGAUGCAAGGGAUACUUGUUCAGGAGAGUGAACCUUAGGCCUUGUCAGAAAACAGGGGAGAUAAAUAGAUGCAUAAUGAAUAAAAGAACAUCAUCUCAAUAAAA